AUGGACGCAGACUUAUGGUUGAAUGAUGUUAAGGUGAUGUUGGAGAGUUUACAGUGCUCCGAUCAUGAAAAGUUGGGUGGAGCAGUAUCAUUACUCAGAGGAUCAGCUCGAGUAUGGUGGACAAACACGACAAUGUAUGCAUCGCCUGAACAAGUGAACUGGCAGUUCUUUCUGGAUGAAUUUAAAAACAAGUAUAUUGGGGAGCAAUUUAUGAGAUCGAUGUUGUUGAAAUUUCUAAACUUGAAACAAGGCGAUCGAACAGUGCAUGAGUAUGAAGCUGAAUAUAACAAACUUAUUCGAUAUGCUACUGAGGUUAUAAACAGAGCAAAGGUCAUUGAAAGAGCUCAAGAGGUGAUGUUAGCAAUAUAUCAGAGUAUUUCGAUGGGAAAAAGAAUCGGAACGUCUUUAUUUGCACAAUAUACAAAAAGGGACAAGGGCUCAGGUUCUCAAUUCACAAAUAGAACUGAUUAUUCUGCAGCUUCACGGAAAACUAAGCAGUCUCAUUCUUAUGCUGUUAGCUCAGGAGGAGCUCAUAGAGAGAAAUCUUUAUGUCAGACGUGUGGCAAGUCAGACGGGGGAGCAUGUAAGUUGCUUUCUGGUACUUGUUUCAAUUGUGGUGGAUAUGGUCACUUUGCUCAAAAUUGCCCGAAGAAGUAUGGUGAUUAA